AAUAGUUGUCCGAAUAGAAUAGAAUGCAAUAGAGUCGUGUCGGGUUGGGUAACAUUUUUUUCUUCUUCAUAAUUUCAGGCAAUUUUUGUUCCUCCUCGUCUGGAUAUAUUUCAUUCAUUCAUUCAUAUAUAGAUAUAUAGUAGUAGUAGGUACGUAGAGAUCCUAUGAUUACGAGUACGAUGUUUGGGUGCAAGUGUUUUCAUUGGAGCAGGCUCUCCGAUUUUUGCCCGACCCUCCCCGAUUCUUUCUCUCUUCCUGCUCCCAUUCCCCAUUGGCCUCCAGGUCAAGGAUUUGCCACUGAAAGAAUAAGGUUAGGACAAAUAGAAGUUGUCAAAAUCACCAAGUUUGAGUUUAUUUGGGAACACAAUUUUUCGGAGGACAAGAGAAGAGGUAUUACAUUUUAUAAACCUGUAGGAAUACCUGAUGAAUUUUGCAGUCUUGGUGACUACUGCCAAUCUAAUGACCAGCCUUUACGAGGGUUUGUGCUUGUGGCACGGGAAGUGGAUUUGUAUGAACCCCAAAAUUCUAGCAUUUGGCACCAAGAUCAGCCACCAGCUCUUCUCAAGCCCCUUGAUUAUACAUUAGUCUGGAUUUCAGAUGAUGGGAGUGAGGAAAAUCUUGAUGGACGUGGUUACUUCUGGUUACCUCAGCCACCUGAAGGAUAUAAAUCCAUGGGAUUUGUGGUCACUUACAAAUCAGACAAGCCCAAAUUGGAGGAUGUUAGAUGUGUUCGAGGUGAUCUAACAGAUAAAUGUGAAACCUACCACCUGAUACUCGAUGCUAAUUCCAAAUUUUCAAAAUUACCAUUUCGAGUCUGGAGCACAAGACCCUCUGAUCGGGGAAUGAUUGGGACAGGUGUUUCUGUAGGGACAUUUUUCUGCAGUAGCUAUUGGAGUUCUGGAGAGGAGCUAAAUAUUGCAUGCUUGAAGAACUUAAAUCCCACUCUAAACGCAAUGCCAAAUUUUGAUCAGAUUCAUGCACUCAUUAGGCACUAUGGUCCCACGGUUUUCUUCCAUCCUGAUGAGGUUUAUUUGCCAUCUUCUGUUUCAUGGUUUUUCAACAACGGUGCAUUGUUGUACAAAAAGGGCGAGUCAGUUGGUGAGGCAAUUGAUGCUGCAGGCUUGAAUUUGCCAGGUGGUGGGAUGAAUGAUGGGGCUUAUUGGAUAGAUUUGCCAAAUGAUGAUAAAAGAAAGAUUGUCAAGCGAGGAGAUUUAGAAAGUGCAGUCCUUUAUGUCCAUGUGAAGCCAGCUUUAGGUGGAACUUUCACUGAUAUUGUGAUGUGGGUAUUUUGUCCCUUUAAUGGCCCAGCCACUCUCAAGGUUGGAAUUAUGAAUGUUGCUCUUACCAAGAUUGGAAAACAUGUGUGUGAUUGGGAACAUUUCACACUCAGAGUAAGCAAUUUCACUGGUGAGCUUUGGAGUAUAUACUUUUCACAGCACAGUGGGGGCGAGUGGGUGGAUGCUUCAGAUUUAGAGUUCAUAGAUGGAAAUAAAGCUGUUGUUUACUCCUCGAAAAGUGGCCAUGCCAGCUUCGCUCAUCCUGGGAGCUACAUCCAGGGGCCCGCAAUGCUUGGAAUUGGAGUGAGAAAUGACGCUACUCAGAGCAAUUAUUAUGUGGAUUCUAGUGUCCAUUAUGAAAUUAUUGCAGCAGAGUAUCUAGGCGGAGAAGGAACUACUAGUGUUAAAGAGCCAUGUUGGUUGCAGUAUAUGAGAAAGUGGGGUCCAGCAGUUGUGUAUGAUUCAAGAACUGAGCUUGAUAAGUUCAUCAAUGUUUUGCCACUGAUACUUCGAUAUUCAGUAGCGAAUAUUUUUGACAAGGUCCCAGUGGAGCUGUAUGGGGAGGAAGGUCCUACCGGGCCAAAGGAAAAGAACAACUGGGUGGGGGAUGAAAGAUCCUAGGUUAGUCUCUGACUCUGACUCCACAUUCUUACUUGGAUUUUUGUUCUCCGCCUACUGCUAUUUUUCAUUUGGAGGUGGGGAAGAGCUGAGCGGUGCGAUGAAGAUGAAGAUUAGUCAAGGAGUUUGGAAACUUACAUUGGAAAACGUCAGUCUCUAGGAGUUUUGCGUUGUCAGUGAAUUGAGAACAGAUUCUUUGUAGAUUGUAAGAUAGAUUUACAGGGAGAAGAGAAGAAUAUACUACUUGUAAUUUGUUGUAAUGUUUAAACUCAAAUUUGUUGGAACAAAGUGUUAUUUAUAGGUUAGGUUAUCUGUACUCUUCUCAUUGGUAUAAAUUAUGGUGCAUGAUUGGUAUAAUGAAGAGAAGGUUCAGUUUGGUCUGCA